AUGGUAUACGCCGACAAGGGAAAGGGAGCAAAGCGGAGUUUCUCCACACUCGAACCCUGGAUGCUGGCAACCAUGACAAUCGAACCACGCAUAGAGGAUCUGCACCUCACCACCGACCCCCUAAUCAUAUCCGCCGCGGUAGGCGACUACAAUAUGAGAAGAAUCUUACUAGACACCGGGAGUUCUGAAGACAUCAUCUAUGAGCACUGUUUUAACAGAAUGCAACUAGAAGACAGAAAAUUGCUCGAAUCAGUACACGCCCCUAUUAAAGUGUUCAACGAUGAAAAGGUUGAUCCAAUCGGACAAAUUACUUUCCCAGUUACAUUUGGACAAACCCCUCGAGAAAGAACCAUACUCCUCACAUUUCUUGUGGUACGCGUUGAGUCUUACCACAAUGUAAUCAUUGGAAGGUUUACCUGGGGAAAGCUUGACGCUGUAGUUUCCAUGGCGCGGGGGUUCAUGAAGUUCCCCACCCCGCGGGGGAUUGCAACGGUAUACCGGGACAAGCUGGGAGAAGUUUUGGAUACCAAGAGGUGCCGUCAAGGACCUACUGGCGCCAUUGGCACAGAAAGGUGGGUUUUAAGCACACGCCAUCCGGAGCAAACAGUGACAAUAGGAGAUAGCCUUUCUCUUGAGGUUAAAAACAACCUAAAACAAUUGCUGAGGAGGAAUGCCGAUAUCUUUGCUUUUGAACACUCUGACAUGACUGGGAUACCCCGGGAUAAGGCAAAGCACAAGUUGGCAACACUCCCGGACAUCAAGCCAAUCACACAGGGUAAACGUAGUAUGGCUCCUGAUCGAAAAGCACUGGUAGUCAAAGAAGUACAAAAGCUGGUCGAAGCUAGAAUUCUUAGAGAAACAAAGUAUCACACAUGGGUAUCAAACCCCGUGAUGGUUAAGAAACCAGAUGGCACAUGGCGGAUGUGCAUCGACUUCAAAGACUUGAACAAGGCAUGCCCUAAAGAUGCUUAUCCGCUGCCUGAGAUAGACUUCAAGGUUGACUCUCUGGUCCCUUAUAGGGACAAGUGUUUCUUAGACGCCUAUAAGGGCUACCACCAGAUCAAAAUGUCAAGAGAAGACGAAGAGAAAACGGCGUUUCACACCGAUGUGGCAUCUUUUGCUAUACCAAAAUGCCUUUUGGUCUACGAAAUGCCGGAGCCACAUACCAACGCCUCAUGGACAAGGCUUUCGAAAAACAAAUUGGCAGAAAUUUGGAAGUAUAUGUCGACGACUUAG